AAGAAUAAUUCAAUGCCUAUAAAAGCAGAACUGCAUCAAAGGUACAAAAAGUGUCUGGGAACAUAUGAACCCACGAGAGCAUGUGAAAACAUCUGCACAAUCAUUAAGGAACUAGGGCAAUUUCUCACUCCAGACCAGAUGACAGACCUUUUACUGGUAGCUGUGGAAAACCUAAGGGAACACCAUGAAGAUAUCAAUGAAGCAUCCAGGGCCAUCCUGAAUGCAAUCCUGAAGAACUUCAAGCACAGUUUAAAGACAAAGGUGCCAGAGAUUGUGGGCAGGCUCCACUUCCAGCUCAGCACCAUCAGUCAUCCCCACAAACGGCAGGAAGUAAUGAUGGCCUUGUGCCUCUUGGCUCAUGAUUUCCUGGAAGAGGUAACAACAGGCCUUCUAAAUUGCCAGCUGCCCCUGGACAGGUACAGGACUUCACAGUGGCCUGGAUACAGCAAAUUUCUCUCCUUGAGGUUCCUUAGCCCUCUUCCUCCUGAGAAGCCUCAGAUUGGUAGUGGCUACCUGGUUAUGUGAAUAAUGUCUUUCUUACCCUGCAGCACUAGUUCCCAUCUCAUCCUGUUUUCUCCAAUAUCACAAAAGCAGAAAUUGCAGAGUUGCCCAGAUGCCCAGCAUAUUUACUAGCUGAGCCUUUUGAUGCAUAGAAAUCACUUUCUUGAGGUAAGCAGACCAGGGUAAAUCCCUGGGAUGAGAGCACAGGCACCUCACUUCACCAAACAGAAAGAGUGCUUGGCCAUACAGCCAAGUGACCACGAUUGAAAAAUAGACCUCUGCACUUCCGAGCAGUGGGCCCUCCAGGUGCUGGGGCUGCUGAUCUCAGGUUCGAAUGCUUCAAUUUUGCAACUGGGAAAAAAAUAGAUUAGAUUAAAACCACUUCUGUUCCUCAGGACCACAGCUGUGCCAACCCUACUUCCUGAUCUACUGUACCCAAGGCAGCCGGCAGAGCUGACACAUUGGUGUAGUAGUCUCAUAGUUUCAUAGUAGCUAGGGUCAGGAGGGACCUGAACAGAUCAUUGAGCCUGACCCCCUGCCACAGGCAGGAAUGAAUGCUGGGUUCACAAGACCCCAGACAGGUGAUCCUCUAACCUCCUCUUGAAUUUGCCCAAGGUAGGGGCGAGGACCACCUCCCUGGGAAGUUGGUUCCAGAUUUUGGCCACCCUAACUGUGAAAUUAUUGCUGUCUGAUCUCUAACCUAACCCUAUUCUCCAUCAGCUCAUGACCAUUGUUCCUCGUCACCCCAGGUGGUGCUGGGGAGAAAAGGGCUCUACCUAUUUGCUGUUGAUCUCCCCUGACGAGCUUGUAAGCAGCCACCAGGUCCCCCCUCAGCCUCCCCUUGCUGAGGCUGAACAGGUUCAGGUCCGUCAGUCUCUCCUCGUAGGGCCUGUCCUGCUGCCCUCUCACCAAGCGGGUGGCCCUCCUCUGGACCCUCUCCAGGCUGGCCACAUCCCUUUUGAAGUG